UUGUUUCUUUUCAAGUGAUCAAUUCUGGGGUUAUGACGGACAUGUACCUCUUGAGAAAAUUCUAGGCUAUCGGAAAUUUUAUCCCAAAAUUGGUAUGAAAGUUCUUGUUGAAAAAUCACUCAUAAGUUUUGAUUGUUAUGGGAAUAUUCAAAUGCAUGACUUGUUCAAAGAGUUGGGCAAGACUAUUGUCCGAGAAAAGGCACCCAAGGAACCUAGAAAGUGGAGUAGGUUAUGGGACUACAAGGAUCUCCAAAAAGUUAUGAUAGAAAAUAAGGAAGCCAAAAAUCUUGAAGCGAUAGUUAUUGAUAUUGAAAAAUAUCAAGAAGAGUUUCUACAACGAACAAUGACAGUAGAUGCUCUAUCAAAACUGAUUCAUCUUAAAUUACUCAUGUUUAAGAAUGUGAAUUUUUCAGGAAUCAUCAAUUAUCUUUCUAAUGAAUUGAGAUAUUUACAAUGGAAUAACUAUCCUUUCAUGUCUUUGCCAUCAAACUUUCAUCCGGAUCAACUUGUAGAAUUGAUUCUACCUUAUAGCAAUAUCAAAGAAUUGUGGAAAGACACAAGGUAUCUGCCCAAUUUGAAAAUUCUAGAUCUCAAAUACUCCCAAAAUCUUAUUGAGAUACCAGACUUAAGUGGAGUCCCACAUCUUAGGAAUCUCGAUCUCGAAGGAUGUACAAAAAUUGUACGCAUCGAUCCAUCCAUUGGUACUCUAAGAGAGCUUGUUUCUCUGAAUUUGAGGAAUUGUAAAGAUCUUUCCCUUAAUCUGAAUAUCAUUUUUGUGCUUAGUUCUCUUGUGGUCCUUAAUCUCUCAGGCUGUUACAGAAACCAAGGGAGACAGAACAUAUGGAAAAAAUUGAUGAAAAUAGAAGUUCCAUCCAAUUAUCAACAUCCUCUGUAAACGAAAUGCUAAUGCUGCCUUUCUAUAUUUUUUCCUCUUGGAAACAAGAAGAUUCACUUGGUUUGUUGGUUCCUUAUUUAUCUCGU